AUGGCCUCACCCGCCAGCUUUCACACUUCUCUCCUCACAGCCACAGACUGCAGGUCUCACAUACACCUGAUCGUCGGCACAAAUCCCCUCGCAGCAGCCCGCUGCGGUCAAAGUCUCGCCGCCGGAGCAACCCCCAUUCUGAUUGCGCCCGAGACGGCAGACUUGCACUAUGGCCUCCAGAAGCGCAUCGAUGCCGGCGAGGUGACCUGGCAGAAGAAGGCCUUUGAGGACAGCGAUCUCUUCGCCCUGGGCAGAGAAGACGUGGACCGUGUCGUGGACGCCGUCUUCGUCACGUCCGGGCCCCGGGACCCGCAGAGCGCGCACAUAUCGGCCCUCUGCAGGCGGCACCGCAUCCCCGUCAACGUGGUGGACGCGCCGGCCCUGUGCUCCUUCACGCUGCUGUCCACGCACACGGACGGCCCGCUGCAGAUCGGCGUCACCACCAACGGCCGCGGCUGCAAGCUGUCGAGCCGCAUCCGCAGGGAGGUCGCGGCCGCGCUGCCGCAGGGCCUGGGCAGUGCGUGCGCGCGCCUCGGCGACGUCAGGCGGCGCGUCCAGGAGGAGGACCACCUGGCGCACUCGGCGCUGGCAGGGAACUCGGAGUCCCUGCUGCUCGACGACUCGGUGGACGACUCGCUCGACCAGGGCGCGGCGUUCAACAGGCUGGUCACGGAGGCGGACCUUGACGCCGCGAAGAGCCGCCGCAUGCGCUGGCUUGCUCAGGUCUGCGAGUACUGGCCGCUGAAGCGGCUCGCAGCCAUCAGCAACGAGGACGUCGAGAGCGUGCUCAGGUCGUACCCCGGCGGCGCGAACGUCUCCGAGCUGGGCAAGACGAGCCACCGCGGCGAUCCCGCUGCUUCGAGCGCCGCGAGCCGGGGGCGCAUCAUCCUCGCGGGUAGCGGGCCUGGGCACCCAGACAUGCUGACACAGGCGACGCACAAGGCCAUCCAGAACGCGGAUCUUAUCCUCGCGGACAAGCUCGUGCCCUCUGGAGUGCUAGAUCUCAUCCCACGACGGACGCCGGUUUCUAUCGCGAGAAAAUUCCCCGGAAACGCAGACCAAGCGCAGGAGGAGCUCUUGGAGCAGGCGCUCGCGGGCGUCAAGGCAGGGAAGGUUGUUCUGCGCCUCAAGCAGGGCGAUCCUUUCAUCUAUGGCCGUGGGGGCGAGGAGGUUGAAUACUUCAGGCGACAUGGCCUGGGAGACAAAGUCAUCGUUCUGCCGGGCAUUACGAGCGCACUAAGCGCACCCCUAUUUGCGGCGAUACCGCCUACACAGCGGGAUGUGGCGGAUCAGGUGCUUGUCUGCACCGGCACGGGAAAGAAGGGCAAGGCGCCUACGCCGCCGGAGUUUGUGGCGAGCAGGACAGUGGUUUUCCUCAUGGCUCUGCACAGGAUUGUUGGUCUGGUGAACGAGUUGACCAACUAUACCGAGCAGGAAAAUAGCAAUCCCCAAGUGGCUGAGGGUGUAUCAAACGAAGGCGAAAACACAUGCACUCAAGACGUCAAAGUCGAGCGUCCGAGGAGGAUAUUAUGGCCGCGGAACACCCCGUGCGCGGUCAUUGAGCGAGCGAGUUGUCCGGACCAACGUGUGAUAAGAACUACGCUUGAGCAUGUUGCUGAAGCGAUCGAGUCUGAAGGCAGCAGACCGCCUGGGUUGCUGGUCGUGGGUAGAGCAUGUGAGGCGUUAUAUACCAAGGAAAGGGGCCGUUCAUGGGCUGUAGAAGAGGGAUUCAAGGGGUUGGAUCUGGAUGACAUUGUACCCACUGGCAUCGCGGCGCUGGCCUGA